GCGCCACGUGAUUCCUGUUUCGAGAAUGACGUUAUUGAGUUCAAACAUGGCUGCUUCCACUGUACAUCUUGCCCAUGCUGCUUUCUCUGUCAACCGCUGUCCGCACUGUGUGAGCUGGGCUCGGAGCGGGCUGUUAGCCUGUGGGACCUGUCACUCCAUAGCACUGUAUGAUCCCCAGGAAAAGUCAGUGAUAACUAUGCUGAAUGGCCACACUGGAAGAGUCAACUGUGUCUUCUGGAUUCAGAAAUAUGAUUGUAGUGAGGAGACAGAGCUUGUUUCAGGAGGAUCUGAUAAGCAAGUGAUCAUAUGGAAUAUUAAAGAAAACCAAUUUGCACACUCUGUGGUUUUGGAAGGUCAUACUGAAGCAGUAGGUGUAGUUCAUGCGGUGUAUACACAGAAUGGAUCUGAUGAUAAUCUUCUUGUAGCCUCCGCUGCCUCUGACUGCACUGUUCGAAUAUGGUCACAGGAGAAGUCAACAACUGAAUGUCUUCAGACCCUGUGCUUUGGAAAUGGUUUUGUUCUGGAUGUCUGCUUAUCGUUUCUACCUGGAAGCAGAGUGCCUAUUUUAGCUUGUGGCGCGGAUGACAGCCGGAUUCAUUUGUAUGUACAACAGAACAAGCAGUUUCAGAAGGUACACGUCCUUCAUGGACAUGAAGAUUGGGUGAGAGGCGUGGAAUGGGCCAUUAGUGAUGGGGACUUGUUCUUAGCAAGCUGUGCCCAAGACUGCAUGAUUCGUAUCUGGAAAAUAGUCACUAAGUCAACUACAGAGCCUCCCAGAAUUAUUGGUGACGAUGAGGAUGGAUCUAUCAAGCUUAAAGAGAGCAUGUUUGCAGUCAUAGAAGAGGGGGUGAACAGUACAUAUGCAGUGACUCUGGAGAGUGUCCUGGCUGGUCACGAAAACGCAGUAUAUGCAGUUCACUGGCAGCCUUCUUUUCUAAAAGAUGGCAGCAUUGUACAGCCAAUGAGUCUGUUAUCCGCAUCCAUGGACAAAACUAUGAUUCUGUGGAGACCAGAUGCGGAGUGUGGAGUCUGGCUUGAACAGGUCCGUGUUGGAGAAGUAGGAGGGAACACACUUGGAUUUUUCGGUUGCCAGUUCAGCCCUGAUAAUUCUAUGAUUCUUGCUCAUGCAUUUCACGGAGCACUACACAUGUGGAAGCAAAACUCCGCUAAACAGGAUGAAUGGAUGCCCGUGGUCGUUAUCUCUGGGCAUUUUAACAGUGUGCAGGGACUGAGAUGGGAUCCCGAUGGAAACUUUGUUAUCACAGUAGGAUCUGAUCAAACAACAAGGCUGUUUGGUCCAUGGAAGAAAAAGGGCCAAUCACAGGUGACAUGGCAUGAAAUUGCAAGACCUCAAAUUCAUGGAUAUGAUAUGCAAUGUAUUGCCAUGAUAGGAAGAUUUCAGUUUGUUUCCGGAGCUGAUGAAAAAGUUCUCAGAGUGUUUGCUGCCCCGAGAAUCUUUAUUGAAAACUUCAGUAAUAUUUCUGGUGUUCCAAUGGAGAAGCUACUUUUCCACGGAGACACCAGCCUUCCAGAAGGAGCUACAGUGCCUGCUUUGGGUUUGUCGAAUAAAGCAAUCUUUCAAGGAGAACUUUCUGCUCAGUCGGUCCAAGUUGAAGAGAAAUUCAGCAGUGCCUCCGAUCAGUACUCUCAGCUUUAUUUUCAGCCGCUUGUCCUGACAGAUCCUCCUACAGAAGAUCAUCUGUUGCAGAAUACACUAUGGCCAGAGGUUCAGAAGCUGUAUGGACAUGGCUAUGAAAUAUUCUCUGUAGCUUGUAACCAAGCACGAACUGUGAUUGCUUCAGCAUGUAAGGCUUCUAAAAGAGAACAUGCGUCAAUUAUUUUGUGGAGUUCCACAAGCUGGAAGCAAAUACAGAGCCUGUUUUUUCACAAUCUUACGGUUACUCAGAUGGCAUUUUCUCCGGAUGACAAAUUCUUAUUAGCAGUUUCCAGAGAUAGAAACUGGUCCCUGUGGAAGAAGCAAGUGGGAAUCCCAGCACAGUCAGCACCAGAUUUUAUAUUGUAUGCGCAUACAGACAAGACAACAGGACAUAACAGAAUUAUUUGGUCUUGUGACUGGACUCCAGACAGCAGAUAUUUCGUCACAGGAAGCAGAGACAAAAAGGUCAUUGUUUGGGGUGAUUGUCAGUCAUCUUGUACUGAUGAAGAGAAUGCAUCUGCGAGUAUAAAACCUUGUUCAAGCCUUCUAGAUGCAGGAGAUUCUGUCACAGCUGUCAGUGUCAGUCGAGUUCUUGCCCACGAUGGAAGUUAUAUUUUGGCUAUUGGAUUAGAAUGUGGGAAGAUUAUUUUGUACAAAUGGAAGUACAACCAAGCCUUAAAUGAUUGGACUAAAUGCUUUGAGAUGGAUCACAGUUAUAGUCACACAUUGGCUGUGAAACAACUUAGCUGGAGAAGUUGCACUGGUCGGGCUGGACAUGAGGAGGACCAAGGAGAAUGGCUGCAACUAGCGAGCUGUGGAGCCGACCAUUGCCUUAAAAUAUUUGAUGUUAACCGGAACGCUUUAUGAUGGCCAACAUAUACACAACUAAAGGGACACCCACAAUCUAAAUUAAAUACAGUUUGUAAACAAUGUAAAAAAAAUGUCUUUCUUGAAGGAAAACUAUUGUCAUUAUUUGCAAAUGCUGGUAUUGUAAUGUUUGAACACAAUAUUAUCAUCACAUAAAGUAAUAUAGAGACAUGAAAAGCAAAGAAAGUGUCAUUUUUAAAUAUCUUGUCUCCAUAACAUUACAUAAAAUUGCAAACUCAAAUAGCAGUUUUUUAGAACCCGCUUAUAGUAUGAUUUUCUAUACCUCGGCAUACAGGUCCACCUUAUUUUUUACACAUUUGUGUUCAUGUAAUAGUGUUGUUUCUUAUAUGAAAAUAAAGAAACCAUGGUCUUUUCUUGGCUUCAAAGAAGCUAGUUUCAUUAUGGCCACACCUGACAUCCUCAUUGGUAUCUUGCAAGAUACAAUUGUGCUAUUUUAUAUAUUAUAUAUCAGUAUG